AUGUCUGAAUACCAGCUGGACAACAAGCCGCCACCCGUGGAGGCGCCCCCGACCUUUGAGGACAGUCAAGCCGCCUCGUCCUCUUCAACCGAUGCGGCGCAUCUCGGCCCGCCCCCAGAUGCUGCUGCCGCUCCGAAAUACGUCGAGCACCCUCUCGAGUACACGUACAUCCCGCCCGGCGGGGAAGAGCCACCGCCCGAGUUCACGCCCUACGAGGCGGAAUACUUCAUUUCCGGCAAGGAGAUCGUCACCCACGACCCGCACCUGAACGAGGACGGGGAGGCGCUCUACCGUUUUCUGCUCUCGCAGUCGACGACCCGCCCGGACUACCGCGUACACCUCCGCGGGACACACACCGAGCACCGCACGCGCUCGGUCACCAGGACGGACUCGAACGGGCACACGCGCCACGAGACCGAGACCUACACCGAGACCGUCACCGACUUCGAUUUUUACAUCGACCUCACGCCCCAGAUUGUGCAUGGGCCCGUGCACUGGAGCCUGCCCGACGCCGAGCCCGCGUAUCGCGGCCAGAUGUUCAUGCAGGUCGACGCCCUGUACGACCCCACGAACGCGGAGCCCGCCGGCGGCGACCCCGAAGGACAGCCGAUGCACCUGGGGCGGCGCAAGGCGACCAAGCAAGAGAAGAGCGCCGCCAAGGACCGCAAGGCCAUGCGGAAGGAGUGUGGGCUCCCCCCGUGGGUUGCGCCCGCGCCCGAGUCCUGGUUCGAGCAGACCGGGUCCGGCGCACCCCCGGCGGCGGCGCGGGUGCUGGAGUCCUCGAAGACCCUGCGGCAGUGGGCGGAUGAGUACUGCGCAAGCGACAAGGUGCUCAAGGAGUUCACGUAUACGAAGGUCGUGUACGGCUGGAACACCGCCAACCUCACCCAAGCCCUCCAGGCCGCGAUCCGCUCCGUGUACCGCCACAACAUCCACGUCUCCUUCGACCUCGCGCUGCACAAGAUCCGCGUGCGCGCGGACAACACCCUCGCGCGCACGCUCUCGAACCGCUGCCUCAAGUUCCUCCUCUGCGUCACCCUCGUCUACCCCUUCCUCUGGCUCUGGAGGCGCUUCAGCGCGCGCGGCGGCGGCCGCUGGGAGCCCCCGGGCGCGUCCCCGCCGUUCGCGCCCGGCGGCGGCGCGCGCUGGCAACAGGCGCCCACGGGCGAGGCGAUGGCCCUCGUCGGCGAGAGCGAGGGCGAGUGGUUCCAGCGCUGGGAGGGCGCGAUCCGGGACGCGGUGUGGCGGCGGAGGAGGAGCGGGGAGGCGCUGCAGCCGUUUGUGCCGCAGCCUUACUUCUACCCUGCGCCGCACCGGCCGCUCGCGCUGGGUAUGUGUUGA